AUGAAUAUACUGAAUGGAUACGAGAAGGACUGGAGUCUUUUUCUUCACUGUGCAGAGGUUCCCUCAGUGUCUCUCCUCCAGAAGUCUCCCUCCUCUCCAGUCAGCUGCCACGCUACAGGUUUCUACCCUGACAGAGCCAUGAUGUUCUGGAGGAAAGAUGGAGAGGAGCUUCAUGAGGACGUGGACCUCGGAGAGAUCCUCCCCAACCACGAUGGAUCCUUCCAGAUGAGUGCUGACCUGGACCUUUCAUCAGUCCCAGCUGAAGACUGGAGGAGGUACGACUGUGUGUUUCAGCUCUCUGGUGUGGAGGACGACAUCGUCACCAAACAGGACAAAGCAAAGAUCAGGACCAACAGAGAGAAGACCACUGACAUCAGUUCAAUGCUGUUCCAAAAUGGCCUUUUUUUAAUUUUUGACUGGCCCAUUAUACCUGAAGCAUCGGCCCAUUUUACCUGA